AUGCCUCCGGCGUGUCCUCACUGCACGCUGUGCAACUUCGUGGAGGUGGCGCUGAAACUUUGCGGCUCACCAGUCACUGUGGGUGUGGCGGAUGAGCGCUUUGAAUCUCCUCCCACAGUGGACAUCCUCCAGCCUUCCACGGAAGAUGGUGACCCACUGUUUGGUCUCUCAGGUCUGCGAAUGGAGAUGCCCUCCCCCAUCACUGGAAACAAAGUCUUCCAGUCCACACCAUUAGUUCAGACCCCAACUUCAAUGUCAUAUGACAUUAAGGCAUUUGAUCCUCUAUUGGACAUAUCAGCCAACACUCAGAAUGAUAUACAGUCCAAGCACAGCAGGAUUGAUUACGCUACACUGUUCACCAGCCCAGAUGGUACAAAGAAAGACAUUUCUCCUAUGGGUUUGCAAAAUGGAAAAGUCCAAGGGAUACCAGAAGUACCUUCCCCAAACACUUCACCAAGCCUGACUUUUAGGAGACGUCCACUAAAACCUGCCCGGCGCAGUAGAGCCCUUAAAACUACCAGUUACCCUUCCACAUCCAUGCAGACGCUGUUGCCCUACACCCAUUCCACACCUACCCCUGGUUCUACUGCUAGCGUCCAGAACGAAACACCAGCAUCAGAGAAUGAUCUUCCGUUUUUUGAAAAUGUUCUUCUAAUUGGUCAGGAAACAUGCGUGGAGGACUGGCCAGAAAACAGCCCAGAACUGUCCCCUGAAUGGAAACCAGUGGGGAAAUUAAAACUUAGAAGAGAUUAUAUACAAAUUGCAGAAGUGUCUGAUGGACCUCCUGGUACUGAUGUUAUUGCAAAGAAAAAUGGAAAGCUGACUUUAGGAAAGAAAGCGAGACGACCAUCUUUCUUGAACAGAAGAAGUUCAAAGGAUAAAAUUGGAGAUGAGCCUAAGUCUUCUCAGCUGGACACACUGGGUAGGGGUUCCAAGCUCAAUGGAGACGGCACGAAUGGCAUUUUUUCAUCAUAUAAAGACCAGAAUGAGGCAGCAGAGUUUAAAUCAAAGAAAUCAUCAAAACCCAAGAUUAUUCAUAUGCAGCGCAGGGAAUCAAAGGUACCUGAGAUCGAUAAAUAUCCUGAAGAGGAAAAUCCAGAGGAAAUGGAUGGACAGGAGAGUGACGACUCUAAACUGAAGGGAGCUUGUGGUUUCACACCUCAUCCAGAUUUGAAAGAAAAACACAGGUUGGAUGAAUUGAAAGGAGUAUGUGGUUAUACGCCUCACUCAGAGUUCAAGGCAGCCGAUCACAAGAAGGAGUUUUAUAAAGGAACAGAUUAUGCCACACCUUCAGACGGCUAUGGAAAACAUCAAGAGAUGCAAGACUGUCGACCAAAGAAGCCAAUAAAAUUUAAAAUUCCUCGCUUUCAAAGAAGACAUUCAAAGAGUAUUGAAGAUGCUGAGGUCAAACAACAGACAACCAUAGACCACUAUGCUCCAGCGCUAAAGAAAUCUUCAAUUCUUCAAGUGCCAUCAAUGCCCCAGCGAGACUCAAAGUGCACCGUGGAUGAGGUCUCUCAAAAGGGUGCAGAUCUGUUCAAGGCUGGUGACCAUGAGCUUCUGGAGGAUGCUGACUGGGAGGAAUACACUCCUGACAAUAAGCCUCAGAAAUCCCAAAACAUUAGCAAGCAUUACAAAGGAUUCAAGAAUAAAGUUGUAAAGGACUUCCCUGAUUACCUUGAGCCUCCAGGUGCUAUUUCUGGAGACUAUUACCUAUCUGAUGCUACUAAGGUUGAAUGGAUGUCUGCUCAGAUGGACAUGAGAAGAGCACAAGGUCAAGAGGAAGAUCAGAGGCUGGAAGAGGAAGAAGAGGAAGGGGACACUGACAGCCUCAUGGAGUGGUGGAAUACAGUGGAGUUCUGGGAUGAAUUGCCUUCUGAUGAGCAAUUCAGCUUUAAAGAGGAUGAGACCAUAUCAUUUAAAGCUAUUGCUGAUAAGGUCCAUCGUGGCCUCCGCGUUUACAUGAAGCUCUUCGUGGAGCGAGCUGAACUUCUCUACCAGCAUGUGAUGAUCUUAUACACCAUCGCUGAUGACCUCAGUAACUUCCACCAUCAUGCUAAAAUCGCAAACAUCACUGGAGGCACCACCACAGCUGUGGGCGGAGCUGCAGCCAUUGUUGGCCUGAUCCUAGCUCCUGUCACUUUUGGUGUUUCCAUUGUCAUCUCGGCCAUUGGACUAGGUGUGGCCACAGUGGGCGGCAUCACAGCAGCUUCAGCAACCAUCAUGGAUAAUGUCAACAACAUGCAUGACCGUAGAAAGAUUGAAAUAAUCGUUCAGGACUAUGAGACCCAGUUGGUCGAGAUGCAGCGCUGUUUGCAAUUUAUCACCGAAGGUCUUCGACGCCUACGUGGCCACCCAUUGCUACGACGAAACAACUACUUCACUGGUGAUUGGGAAGUACGACGGGGCCUCCAAACCAUUAGCUUCGUAAGUGACCCGGUAGAACAUGCUGAAGAGAUCACAAACAAUACACUGGCCAAGUUGGCCAGCCUGCAUAAAGGAAUGGACAAGUACUUCACCAAAGACUCAAAGGAGGUAAAGAAGGGCUGUAAGAAGGAGGUGACUGCUGAGGUUAAAAGCCUGGCCAAGAAACUGCAAGAAGGCUUAGUGGAGCUCAAUUCUAUCAGAGAACAACUGCUUGAUGCAUGUGGAAAUAUCUGAAACCAGUAUUGCA